GUGUUCGUCUGCAUCUUGUGGGCCUACUAAUUUACUUUUUUUUGGUAAUAUCACACGUUGUAAUACGCCUCCCCGCCACCUCCCCUGCUUGCUUUUAUUUUUGCAGAUGUUGCCACUGAGCACCAUAUGAGGACAGUUACCUUUGCGGCUGUCUGAUGCGGGCAACGUCAUAGCGGCUAAGGACACUGGAUGCAUAGAAUUCUGCCGAUCUUAGCACCUUUGGCUUUUACCAGAAGUACCAUUCCUCCAGGUCGGAACCCUAUCCCCUCCUUUUUUUGUGUCAAUCGCCAUCCUACGACAACCUGAGCGAGGAACGAAGACGGGGAGGGGGAGGCGAGGACACACCCGCAUUCUGUACCUCUCCAACGCCGGUGCGCGUGAGUGGUGAUGCUGCAGACAACAUGAUGAUCGUAUUAUUAACGGUCCCGAAUAGGAAAUAGAUUCGUUUCUUCUUCUCAGGAUCUAAAUCACCGGAGGGAUUAGCACCGGAGGGAUUGUUGGCCACUGGCUAUUUACUCCCUAAUACCAAGUGACCAAUGGGAACAGCAACUAACACCCCGUUUUCAACAAGGUGAAUGCUGACAGAUCCAUCCAUGAGGUGAGCCAACCGGUCUUUACGGCAUUGAACCCCCUCCCUCUCCUCCACCCCCCUCCCUACAGUUUCCAGGCUGCAGGGCCCAGCCCCACUGAAAAGUGCAGGCGCCUGCUCCCCCCGCAAUAUGACUGUAGCCACUGGUGACCCCUCUGAUGAGGCGGCAGCACACCCGGGGAACCCGGCUGAGUAUGACCCUGACGCUGACCAUGAGUGCUGCGAGAGAGUGGUCAUCAACAUCUCUGGGCUGCGUUUUGAGACACAGCUUAAAACCCUCUCCCAGUUCCCCGAUACUCUGCUGGGGGACCCCAAAAAGAGGAUGCGCUACUUCGACCCACUGAGAAACGAGUACUUCUUCGACCGCAGCCGAACCAGCUUUGAUGCCAUUCUCUAUUUUUACCAGUCAGGAGGGAGGCUACGGCGGCCGGCCAAUGUGACCCUUGAUAUUUUCUCAGAGGAGAUACGUUUCUAUGAAUUGGGGGAUGAAGCCAUUGAGCUGUUCAGAGAGGAUGAGGGUUUCGUCAAGGAGGAAGAGAGGCCCCUUCCUGACAAUGAGUUUCAGAGACAAGUGUGGCUGCUGUUUGAGUACCCAGAGAGCUCAGGACCCGCUAGGAUUAUCGCUAUCAUCUCCGUCAUGGUCAUCCUCAUCUCUAUCGUAAGCUUCUGUCUGGAAACCCUGCCCAUCUUCCGCAACGACGACGACGAACCGCACAGUGUCUUUGACACCAACACCAACACCACAAUCUACUUCACGUCCACCUACUUCACCGACCCAUUCUUCAUCCUGGAGACGCUCUGCAUCAUCUGGUUCUCCUUUGAGUUCCUGGUGCGCCUCUUUGCCUGCCCCAGCAAAUCAGGCUUCUUUGGUAACGUCAUGAACAUCAUUGACGUUGUUGCCAUUAUCCCCUACUUCAUCACACUGGCCACAGAGCUGGCUGAGAAACCAGAGGAUGGCCAGGCCGGUCAGCAAGCCAUGUCCCUGGCUAUUCUCAGGGUCAUCCGUCUAGUGCGAGUCUUCCGAAUCUUCAAGCUGUCACGACACUCCAAGGGACUUCAGAUCCUGGGCCAGACCCUGAAGGCUAGUAUGAGGGAGCUGGGUCUGCUGAUCUUCUUCCUCUUUAUUGGAGUCAUACUGUUCUCCAGUGCUGUCUACUUUGCAGAAGCUGAUGAGCCCGAGUCACAGUUUGAAAGCAUCCCUGACGCCUUCUGGUGGGCUGUUGUCUCCAUGACGACAGUAGGUUAUGGCGACAUGGUCCCGACCACUAUUGGUGGCAAGAUUGUGGGCUCCCUCUGCGCCAUUGCAGGUGUGCUGACAAUUGCCUUGCCCGUGCCUGUCAUCGUUUCCAACUUCAACUACUUCUACCACCGUGAGACGGAGGGCGAGGAGCAGGCUCAGUGCCUAGGCCCAGUCGCCAAAGAGGACUCAAACGAAGAGCUGAAGAAGAGCCGGAGCGGCUCCACCAUCAGUAAAUCAGACUACAUGGAGAUCCAGGAAGGGGUGAACAACAGUAUUGAGGACCUCCCAGAAGAGAACCUCAAGACUCAGGCCAACUGCACUACGCUGGCCAACACAAACUAUGUCAACAUCACCAAAAUGCUCACAGAUGUGUAGCCAGCUGGCAUUGUCCUCUCAGUGAGGUUGAGAGGUCAAAGGAUGGGGCAGGUGUGUAGCCUCCCAUUUCACAUGUGCUGCUGGAAUCUCAAGGCAAUAGAUUCAGGACGUAUAACUGUACUCAUCAUUUCUUUAUGAUGAAAAACACCAUAAACUAUGUGCUCACUCCUCCCCUAACUCCCACUGUUAGCGCCUCACACCUUGCCCUCAUACUGACCUUCUGUCAGACUUUAAAUCUUAUAAUCACAAUUCUGCGUGUUGAUGUCUGCAUGGAGUUGGCUUUGUCAGUGUGACUAUUCCAAUAGUAAAAUGACCUGCUCACAACGGUAGUACAAAAAAGAGGAGAAAUGUAGCUAAAAAAGGUGAUUUAUCGCUUCCAGAAUAACCCCACCACCAAUCCUGCUUCAGCCCCCCUGCACCUGCCGCUACCCUGGUCUCCCUCCAUCGUCAAAGGUACACUUUGCUUCCUGUUUGCGUGCUACAAAAUGCUGCUUCCUGGAGCAAACUAAACAAACCCGUCCUGUGGUGAACUACUUGGAGAUUACAGAACGUGUGAACAUAAGGCAGACAUGCUCCGUUGCUGCCCACUGGGCACAGACAUCAGUUCAAAGUCUAUUUUUGAUUUACAUUUGGUUGUCAGCUAACGUGAAUUCAAUGUGAAAUCAACAAAACAUGUCACCAUGUCAUUGGAUUUAGGUUCAAAUUUGGGUGAAAAAAAUACGAAAUUCCAUUACAUUGAAGACGUCAUUACAUUGAAUAUUUGGGUUGAAGUGAUGUGGAAACAACGUUGAUUCAACCCGUUUUUGCCUGGUGGCUGAGGCCUGUCAUGGCCUGAGCCUGAGACACACGAGGAGUGUGGUACUGUAGUAAUCAUUCACAAUAUAUACGGGAUGUAGGACAUCCAUCAGCUCCAUAAGCUUUAUAAUGGUUUCACAUCUUUUCUUCAGGAACAUCAGUAUCUGAUGAAUGACAAAAGGCCUUGACUUUUCACUGCUCUAGUCUUACAUCGUUUAUGUGUUUACUGUACAUGACAACGCAAGCCCCCCUCCUCCACUCACCUGAACCUGUCUUACUGCAGCUCUGAGGACAAAGUGAAUGUCUCUUCCUCUUUCAUUUCUACUUAUUUACCACUUAACUCAUAUAGAUAGGUAAAUAGUUGUGACUGUAACCUGUUACUGUAGCUAGAUAGGUACUGUAGGUAGUAACUGUAGCCAGUUGAUUGUUGCAUGGAGUUCUUAUCUGAAUGAGUAUUCUCACUCACACAACUAGCAUUGCUCCAAAGACACUGUUUAUUGUCUUGCCCUCUAUAACCUUCUAUCAUACAUAUGAAGGGAUGUCGAGAGGUUAUUAUCUAACAUACGUAGGUUACAAUGGUGUCUGAAAGGAUACCAUGCCCCAAACCAGCCCUAUAGCUUGGAGGAUAUUGUAUUCCUGACAUUUGACCUAAAUGUAACAUUCCAUGUAGAGUUCAUUGUCAUAGUCUUGUUGCCACACCGCUGAGCUGAAAACAUAGAGAGGUGUUUACAUACCACCGACAUUGCAGCUGUGCUGUAAUUUGAGGUAAAAUGCAUUAGUUAAUUAAUUACAGCACCCAUACAGUGUAGUUGCAGCAUUAAUCUCAGUUACAGACAGACUCGACUCACGGCUGCCUUGUUCAACUGGGUCCAUUGUGUCUUCAUGAUGAACCAUUGGGACGACUAAAGGGACAUGUAUAAAACAAUGUUUCCUCCCUAAACUGCCUUUAAAACAAGUAGGCUUACUGAAUGCUGCUUUCCUAGUGUUGCAUGACCUCAAUACAUUCCUAGAAGCAUGAAUUGAAGAUCAAAGAUGCCUAUGAAAACUAUUUAAUACGAUACCUAUAUUUAUCUCAUUAUCUACUUACAUACUUUAAUCUGUGAUAACAAAGCAAUCUGGGACGUAUAAGAAGGGGAAUUUACAUUCAGCUGACGAUUUAGAGAUGAGGAUGACCAUGAUGGAGAUGAUAGCGUUAAUCCGAUAAUCCUUGAUGAUAUGCAGAUCGUUGCUAUGUUUGUUUUAUGAUAUGAACAAUGACACUUGUUUAUUUUCAGCACUGAUGGUGUAGCCCCGUUUCAGGGACUGUCUGUUGGACAGAGUGCCAAAGACAUGCAUGCCUAAUACACUAGCGAGUUCACAGGAGAAGUGGAGGUACAGUAAUAUAUCUAUGGUAGUUGCAUCCCUCAAUAAGAAAAUAUGAGCAUUAUCUAAAUAUUAUCAUACUCAAAGGAGAGAUGGUUUAUAUUGCCAACGGCUGAAGUAUGUAGCCGUGUAGCAACUCUGAACUACAGAGUUCUAGGUCUCUCACGACAUUGCUGAGUUUCCUGUCUUUCUACAUCUUUUCAUAGUGAACUUCAGGACACAGGAGAGUACUAACAAAGCUGAGGAUGAUUAGCCAGCGCUAACAAAAUGGUGAAAUGGAUUACGUCUAAUUUACCUUUUGGUCAAUAUUGGUUAGCAUAGCCACAAGGAUGUUAGCUUUGACUCUAAUGUGUCUGGUCUGUCUUCUCAUUUACGUUUUAGGCCUAAAUGUCUGCCACCAUUGCCGCAAUGUUUAUUCACGCUAGAUGGACAGAGGUGAGGUUCUUAGCUCCCGGUCCCUCCCUCUGUCCUCACCAUGUUCCUUUCCUUUCUUGUGUCUUCAAUUGGCAGUACCUUGUGCAACUGCAAUCGCUACUUAUUUUGGAGAGAUGAAAUGUUUUGGAAAGGAACUUGAAUUGAAAAAUAAUCUGGGUCUGGAACCCUGCUUAUUGAUGCUUCCAUUACUCUAACAUGAUGUUAUUAUGUUCACUCUUAUUCUAGCAGUAACACUUCUCAUCUAAUACCAAUGCACCACGCUGUCCAAAACACACAUCAUAUACAUCAACAGUGCAUGAUGUGGAUAGGUACACCAUUAUGUGGUGUGUGUGUGUGUGUGUGUGUGUGUGUGUGUGUGUGUGUGUGUGUGUGUGU